CCUCAGCCAGCCUUGCGGUAGCCAACGACUUCCAUCAGCUGAGCCACAGCUACGAGCUUUUCAUGGCUCUUUCGAGGCGGAAUUCUGCUUGAGAUGCCGGCUUCGGCUUUGAGCUGCUGAGGCCACUGAGUUAUGACUUCAAGGGCUGUCCUCCGUUCGGCGGGGCUGAGUUUGGUCUCCGCUGGCUCCGACUCCGCCUAUGCAUCACCCCGACCAUCGGCAGCAGAGUUUGGACGAUCGGGGAGCCAUGCGAUGCCGAUCAAUGUCUACGCCGAGGCGGAGCAGAAGCUGGGCUCCUCCUCUAGUCGGCUACGUGCCGCAACUGACUGCACGAUGCCGAUCAACAUUGUCGCUGAAAUACCCAAGCAGACCUUGUCGCCGAAGGCGGCGCUGCGGCCCUGCCAGUCCGAGCCACGGCUGCGGCCCUCGUCCGCGCGGCUGCAGGUGGAGCAGCCCACAGUGAUGAGGCACAAUCGAAAAAUGAAACGGACUGCAACGCUGGACAACAAAGUCCGACGACUACUGGAAGAUGAUGAGCUAGAGCUAUGCAAAGAAGCGCCUCAUCCAGCCGCACGAGAGGCCGACUUGACCGUCGCCUCCCUCUGCGGCAGAGUCAGUGAGAAGGACAGGUACCAGCCUUACUUCAGUGGGAAGAGGAUGGACUUCAGCCAGCUCGGCCAGUUCGAGGCCUUACCGCACAAGCUGGGCGUUCAUUGCCAACGAGGGCACAAGCCCGACUCGCCGAACCAGGACGAUUUCUUCGUCCUGCAGACCAACACCUGGCUCUUUUGCGGAGUUGCUGAUGGUCAUGGAGAGAACGGACACAAAGUGUCCCACUUUGUUCAGGAACAGUUGCCUCAAGCCGUGCUUCAACGACUGAAGACUGAGAACUUUACCAAUUGGAGGACCUCCGUGGUGGGAGCCGUCGAUGAGGUCCAGAGCAAGCUGAAACUGCAAAUCCCCGACGAGGCCACAGACUCUGGCAGUACGGCCUCCAUGGUGUUUUUGUCAAAAGAUCCCGAAGGCAAGUGGAAGCUCCAAUCAACAUUUAUCGGUGAUUCCAUGAUUGUGUACGCAAGGCGCCCCAAGGAAUCUCUCGAGUUUGAGGUAGAGCUGGUAACAUCCACACACCGACCAGAUCGACAGGACGAGUUCCAGAGGAUUUCCCUUUCCAAUGGACAGGUCAUUCUUGGUGACGAUCCGAGUGCUCCCAGCCGAUUGCGUGUGCCGGCGGGUGAUAUGGCCAUGUCACGGGCACUGGGAGAUCUUGAUGCUCAUCAGUAUGGCAUGUCUUCCGAGCCGGAGUUCCCAGGUGAGUACUGCCUCCAGGACGAGGACGAGCACCUCAUCAUCCUUUGCUCCGACGGAGUGUGGGACAUGAUCAAGCCCCGCGAAGCUGUGAACAUUGCUGCAAAGUUCGAAGCGCAACGGGCUGCCGAGAGGCUGGCUGCCAAGGCUCAGAGCCGUUGGCAGGACACACCGAGGGCUGAGUGGCCGGGCCCACCAGGGCCCCCAUUGGGGCCCACAAUGGCAGGAUUCUUUUCGUGGGAUUUCUUUUGCAGAGAUUGCAUAGGUUUGAAGAGUCCCACUUGCUGGUGGUGGGAUGCUUCUUUGCUGGCUUAGGGUCAGAACAUGUGAAAGCAUGGAAGAGAAGAGGAGCAAAGCGGCCACAAGAGUCCUACUGGUUAGAGGAGGACACGUAAAGGGUGUGGUGUGAC